AUGAAACUGUUACCCUUGGUGGCGUGGUUGGCUCUUCUAGCCCUGGUGGCAGCUAAUCGAUACUGUCGGUGCGAGCUCAACGACGUUGCCGAGAUCCGCCCCGUGGUCCAGUGUGCUAAUUGCACCACCGACUUCUGCUAUGACGAGGUGUUCCACCAGGCGAAAAACGAGACCGAUAAGCUCAAUUUGGUGUGUUUCCGCAAGGAGAGCGCCAAGGAGGCGACGGUGGUGUACCUGUUCAUCGCCAUUGUCGCCGGGCUUGUUGGCUACGGCGUCUAUCUUUCCCGCAACCCCGGCUUAUAG